AAGUUGUUUGGGGUGGGCUAGUGUAAGAAGAAGUCGUUGCGCGGCAUCGUCUACUGAUUGGCAAAAGUCGUGGUCGAAAAUAGUGACAUGAAUGAGAGUAACGAAGUGCCGAUGAGAGUGUAUGGCAAUAGUUUCCUUAUCUCUUUCUUUCCUGCUAAUCCUUUUGCUCGAUUGUCCCCAAAUCUGCUCAGUCGGUAUCCUAACGGGUGCUACUGGUAUUGGCGCUGAAACAAUGUCGCGAGACGGGAUUUCGGUCGACGAGUUUAAAUCAAAUCGAUUCGGACGAGGUCGGAGUGAGUCGUGGAAGUUUUGUCGUGUCCUAAAUGCAGGGCUGCAUCCAGGAAAAUUGGGUUGAGGUUGUGCGAAGUGAAUAGGAUCAAGUUCCUCCUGUUCGACCUGGAGAAGGGAAGAGGGAGAAAGAGACAAAGGUACGCACGAUCUGGGGAGGAAGACGA